CCCCAGUAGCAACCAUGUUAUCGUCAGUUGCAUUGUUGGCGUUAGGCGAAGUGAGUGCGUGUCGCUGUGCCGUAGCCUCUUCAGUCUCGGCCGUCGCCGGAGGCGGUGUUGCAGGCUUAGAAAUGCUACUCGCCAUAUUAUCGUUUGCAUUUCUUCAGCAGCAAGUUGUUGCUCAGAUACGGCCUGGCUGCAAUGUGAUCAGGGGGAGUGACGACAUCGUCGCAACGUGUGAUAGGCUGUCUCUACAGGAAGUACCACCAGACCUUCCCAGGAACAUCACUAUGUUGAGCUUCCGCUUCAAUCAGCUCACGAGAUUAACCGGCCAACUUAUAACAAACGACUGUGGCCUGACCCACAACACUUCUCUGUGGUGUAGCCGGUUUCCAAACAUGACAUACCUAGAUUUCUCUUAUAACACUAUUGAAUUAAUUUCCCUUUAUUCUUUCUCAGGUAUGGUGUUUCUGUCAACUAUUGAUCUCGGAAACAAUAAAAUCGAGGAUCUCCCAUCAAUCAUUUUCAGCAGUAACAGGUUUUUGGUUUACAUUGACGUUUCAGGAAACAAUAUAAAGUUCGUUCACCCAGACGUUUUCAAAAACUUGCAGUAUUUACGGGUACUUUACAUAUCCAAUAAUCACAUCGUUGACAUUCAACCCGAGACUUUUGACGGUCUCCUGAGCUUGGACUCACUGUUCCUGAACAAUAACUCGAUAUCAAGACUUAAUCCCGAGCUCUUCAAGAACCUUAGCAACUUGCAAUACUUCUUAGUAGCCCACAAUCGAUUGGAAUGCAUCGCACAGGGAGUCAUGUAUCAACUACCGAACUUGAGGUUAUUCACCGCAAAUCACAAUCAAAUAACUUUUUUAAGCCCAGCAUUAUUUACAAAUAAUAAAAAUCUGAGAAUUGUUGACUUCAGUCAUAACCUGAUAAGGGAACUAUCAAAAUAUACAUUUUUACAAUUUAUUAAAAUGUAUCAAGUUAAUCUCUCUUUCAAUCGUCUCGAGUGGUUGUACCUGAGCUAUCUACCUGUUUCAUUUAUAAGUCAUUAUAAUAUAGUACAAUUCGACAUGGAUACAGAUAUAUGUCUGGACAAGAUAGGAACGAAAAAUCCAUGCUUUGUCAAUUCUGAAAAAAAUAUGAGAAAAGAAGUUUUUUUUCAUUCACUGGAUUUUUCCCAUAAUAAUAUAAAAACCAUAAAAUAUAUUGUUACUAAAAUGUUUCAUUCAUUAGAGCUUGCAAACAUUUCGUUUGCAGGCAACUACGGCCUUAAUCUUGAAGUGUCAUUUUUCAGAAAAGAAAGGUUUUUUACAAUUAUAAACCUAGAUGGAACUAACUUGAAUUGGAAGAACUUAACACUCAUUAAUGAAAUGUUAGAACUACCUCUUUUAAAAAUGCUAAGUGUUGUAGGCUCUGGUGUUUGUGAGUUUUAUACAAAACAGUUGCUGAACGAUGUAUUCAACCCUAACAAGCGUGUAAAUGUUAUUUGUGAUGGACCUAUGACUGAAUAUUUUAAUACAAAUACACGAAUGCUAAGAAACACGAGUAUUUCGAUAAGUAUUGAGGAAAGGAACAGAGUGGGCAUUAUAGAUUCUACAGACAAUGAUAAUAAUACACAAUGUUUGGAAGAAAGUUCUUCCUAUAAUACACGUGGAUUUUGUAGUUUUGAAUGUGAAUGCUAUGCGUUUAGCUUAGUGCAAGUAAAAAAAUUUAUUGAAUUUACGACGAAUAAUUUUUGUCCCAGCAUACAAGACUGUUCGUAUUAUUCUUUUACAGUCCUGCCAGAAUUAAAGUCGAAUUUUAAGUGCAUGUUGUUCUCGCACAAUUCUGUCAAUAAUAUCGAAGAUGAGUACUUUAAGUUAUUUUACGAUGUAGAAUAUUUGGAUUUGUCACAUAAUUGCUUAAACGAUUUGUCGGAUAAAGUUGUUAAUCCUUUGACCAGUUUAACGGCUCUUUAUCUCGAUAAUAAUAAUUUAGCCAGUCUAAAACCAGGUGUUUUCAAACACUUGAGUAAGCUGAAAGUGCUCACGCUCCAUGGUAACAGUAUAUCUUCUUACGAUGCGAAUGUGUUUGCAGGAACACUGCUUUUAAGUAUGAUUUCAAUUGACUUUGCUAACUUGGACAAUCUUCAUGAUGCUACUUUUCAAAAACUUUCCACUCUUACAUUUCUGCACUUGCGUGAAAACACAAAACAAUUAGUUCAUAAGAAUAUAUUAAAAACGGAAGUUCUAAAAAAAAAUUGUGUGCUCUAUUCAUUGCAUUUGGUUGGAUUUAAUUUAAGUGAAAGUUUAAAUAGCUCUAUUUUAUGUUCAAAUUAUUUGAAAUUUAUUGUUCUCGAAGGUAAUUAUUUACCUGUUCUUACUGACAACAUCUUCAGAGGUGUUAGUGGCAUCGCAAGUAUUAUUUUUCCAAAUAAUGGCAUCCGAAUUCUGGGUCAUGAUACAUUUAGAAACUUGACAAAGGUCAUAUUUAUUGAUCUUUCGGUUAACUCGAUCAAGGUUCUUCAUACCUCUAUGUUUUCUGACAUGCAACAACUGAAGUUUCUCAAUGUUUCUCAUAACAAAAUAUCUUGUAUUUUUGCUGCAAUGUUUCAAAACUCAUUUUUGCUGGAAUCUCUUGAUAUUAGUCACAACAGAAUAGUGGUAAUGGAUUCAAAAUUUUUUAGAAUGCUUUAUAAUUUGUUGUUUUUAUUUUUAAACGAUAAUAAUAUUACAGUUGUAGGUGAGAAACAUUGGUUAAACGAAUACAAGAUAUCAUGCAACAAUUCGUUUGUAUUAGGUAACACCCAAGCAAUAAAUAUAAACAUUACUGACAUUGAAUCAGUACCUCAGAGAAAACAAAGCAUUGAGGUAAUAAAAUUGUCAAACAAUGCUCUAGAAUUGUUGGAUGAUUCCAUGUUUAAACAUAAUAGAUUAUUAAAGCGCAUCACAGCCUCUUAUAAUUCAAUUCAUCAAAUUAAUAAUGGCACUUUUAAUAACACCAGAGAUCUUAGAACUUUAGAAUUGAACCACAAUGAACUAGUUGUAAUAAAUGCGAGUCUAUUUAAAAAUCUAGCACGCUUACAAUUUUUAGCAUUGCAUAGAAACCGCAUAGAAUUUAUAGAAAAAGACACAUUUCAAGACCUAAUAGCACUGGAGACUCUCAUCCUUUCAAAUAACAGACUCAAAACUUUUGAUGCCACUUCUUUGCCCAUAUCUGUGAAAAUGAUCAAACUGGACCAUAAUGAUAUUAUAAUAAGCAACUCAAGUGCACUUAAUUUGAAGAGUUUGGAAAGAUUUUAUCUCAGUUAUAACCCACUGAAGAAUAUUAUUGUAGACUAUUUAAUUUAUUUGCCAUCGCUUGUGUAUUUGGAUAUAGUUCAGACAAAUGUACACGAGUUCAGCACAGAGGCAUUCAAGAACACUGCAACGCUUGCCUUUCUGAACCUAGCAAGAAGCUGUGUCCACUCUCUGUCGGGCCGCCAUUUCCACAACUUGCCAGGUCUUCUCGUCCUGGACAUGAGCAGGCCAAGAACUCGCGGCUGUGCUCCGGGAACAGACAAUGUUCUGAGCUGGAAGAACAUCACCCUGAUAAACUCUUGGUUCGAACAUCCAUUUAUUCAGUACAUGAUCCUCACCGGCCAUGACAUUUGCGAGGACAUGUACUGGAACCAAGUAAUAGACAACAUCUUCUUGUCUGAAAAAUGGAAACUGGUCUUUUGCUCAGAAGAAUAUGAACUGCCGACACUUGUUUUAAGUGUAGAUGCCAAAUGGGCUUUAAGCUUGCUAAAAUUCUCCAUAUAGUGAUAAUUGUGCUUGGAAGACAGUUUUUUUUGCACAUUCAUUGAUCAUCGCAGCGAAGAUUUUUUAGCAUUACCAUUGAUCUCUGAACUGCAAAAAGAUAUUUGUAUUUUUACAAGGAUAGUCCUUGGAAAAUUAGGUUGACAACGUUAUCACUUGUAAAACUUAAAGGCAGAGCUUUGUAACAUUUGUAAUUUUCUGAUUUACAAGUGAUGCUGUUGGCAAAUGAGUCUCAGGGAUUUUCCUUGUAAAAUAACACACAAAAAAACAGUUUGCAUGCAAGUACAAUUUCUGUUAUGAAGUUAUUAAAAAUGUACUCUAAUGCUUUAGAAAUAAACAAACAUUCCUCCGGCAA